CCCACCUCUGGCACUACAUAACCCCCCCUCUCUUCUUUCAAUUGACAUCAUCUUUCAUUUUACAAGUUACAACAACCAUCUCUCUCUCUCUCUCUCUCUCUCUCUCUCAUUCCUAAAACCCUUCGAAAAUCGUAGUGACAUAUUUUCAAAAACACAUACUAGUUAGCCUCAAGAAUGUGUGGAGGUGCUAUCCUAGCUAAUCUCAUCCCUCGUCGCCAAAAUGGCGGCCACGUCACCACCUCUGAUCUCUGGCCCAACGCUAAGCCGAAUUCCUUCGAGUCACAUAUGUGUCGACUCAGUGAAGCUGACUCCGCCCCCCUCAAACGACCGCACAGUGUCAAAACCCCUACAGGUGGUGUGCAAGAAACAGAGAAGCCUGUGAAGAGGCAAAGGAAGAACCUUUACAGAGGGAUUCGGCAACGUCCAUGGGGGAAAUGGGCCGCUGAGAUACGCGACCCGAGGAAAGGCGUUAGAGUCUGGCUCGGCACAUUCAACACCGCCGAAGAAGCAGCUCGAGCCUACGACCGAGAGGCUCGCAAGAUUCGUGGAAAGAAAGCCAAAGUCAAUUUCCCUAAUGAAGACGAAAAACAAGGCAGCUAUACCCAGAACCGCACUAACGCACCCUCUGUGCGAAAUGACCCCAGUUUUCCUCUGUAUCAAACCCAGAACCCGAAUUUGAACAAUGGGUUCUCAAAAAGUUCGGAUCUUUUUGGGUUUGAUUAUGAUCUGAACGAGUUUGGAGGAUUUGAUUGUAAUGGGUUUGAGUCUAUUGGGUUAGUGAACACUGACCCAAUUGUUAUAGAACAGAAUUCUGUGUCUGGGUCUGGGUCUGGGUCUAUGUCAGAAGGGGCUUAUUCAUCAAAUGGGUUGCUCUGUGUUAAUCCGAUUGUUCAGGAAGUGAAGGUGAAAGAAGAAGUGGAAAAGAAAGAAACAGCAACAGUGGGUGAGCAGGAAAAGAAUGAGAUUCAGAAGCUCUCUGAUGAUCUAAUGGCUUAUGAGAACUUCAUGAAGUUCUAUCAGAUUCCGUACUAUGAUGGCCAAUCAGUGGCGCCACCGGUGACCAUUGCUGCCCAGGAAAACCUCGUGGAUGAUCUCUGGAGCUUCGAUGAUGAUGAGGCUGUUGGCAGCUCUGUCUCUCCCCCUAUGUAAUGUAAAAUAGUCGUUUGUGAACUGGGAGUGUUGGAUAUAUCUCCAUGCUAUUUUUCCAACAAGGAAUUCAUGUAAAUUUAUGAUUUUGGUCUUAGGUGUUUUUUUUUUUUCCUUAGAAGCUGAACUUCAUGUUAUUGUUGUUAUCAAAAACUGAUGCUAUUUUGUAUAAUUUUCCAAAUGGAUGCGUGUUUCCGGUUGGAAAAUAUUUUUAUUGUUUGAUUAU